GGCUCCCGAUCUGUUCCCUGAUUCCUUGAUCCUGGGUCCCGCCAUGGGAGCCUGAGUGCCCCUGAUUCCCCCCUGGCCCCCGUCCCCGGGGCCUUGAGGGGGAAGAGGUAGCCGUUUGGGACGGAGCAGGGGUGGCCAGGCUCUGGAGCCCCCCUCAACACCCCCUAUCGCCCGCGCUGCCCGUCCGGGAGCGCGGAGUUCGGAGCGACCCGGAGCGCUGCGGAUACAAAGACGCCGGGCCGAGUGGGGCGCCCGCCGAGCCCACCCGGCAGCUCGCAGCGGCGGGAGCGUCGCUUGAUUUUCUCUGAGACAGGCCCACCCGUCCAGCAAAAUAGAGUCCCUCAGGGUGACGGUUGACUUCCUGAAGGUGCCUCUUGGCCUGAAGAAGCCGGUGCUGAAGGAGGUGGCUGUGGGGCCCCCCAAGAGGCUCCAGCCUGUGGCCCUGGAGCGCUACAAGGCGCGGCGUUCAGACGCCAUGGACACCGAGUCCCAGUACUCGGGCUAUUCCUACAAGUCGGGCCACUCCCGCAGCUCCCGCAAGCACAGGGACCGCCGGGACCGACACCGCUCUAAGAGCCGGGAUGGGAGCCGUGGAGACAAGUCAGUGACAAUCCAGGCUCCAGGAGAGCCCCUGCUGGACAAUGAAUCCACACGAGGGGAUGAGCGGGAUGACAACUGGGGGGAAACAACAACAGUAGUAACAGGCACAUCAGAGCACAGCAUCUCCCAUGAUGACCUCACACGCAUCGCCAAGGACAUGGAAGACAGUGUCCCACUGGACUGCUCUCGGCACCUGGGAGUGGCAGCAGGAGCCACUCUGGCACUCCUGUCUUUCCUCACGCCACUGGCGUUCCUACUGCUGCCCCCACUACUGUGGCGGGAGGAGCUGGAGCCAUGCGGGACAGCCUGUGAGGGCCUCUUCAUCUCUGUGGCCUUCAAGCUGCUCAUCCUGCUGCUGGGCAGCUGGGCCCUAUUCUUCCGCCGGCCCAAGGCCUCGCUGCCCCGCGUCUUUGUGCUGCGUGCCCUGCUCAUGGUGCUCGUCUUCCUGCUCGUCGUCUCCUACUGGCUCUUCUAUGGCGUGCGCAUCCUGGAUGCGCGGGAGCGCAGCUACCAGGGUGUGGUGCAGUUUGCCGUGUCAUUGGUGGAUGCCCUGCUCUUCGUGCACUACCUGGCUGUGGUCCUGCUGGAGCUGCGCCAGCUCCAGCCGCAGUUCACACUCAAGGUUGUGCGCUCCACGGAUGGGGCCAGCCGCUUCUACAAUGUCGGCCACCUCAGCAUCCAGCGCGUGGCAGUGUGGAUCCUGGAGAAGUAUUACCAUGACUUCCCUGUCUACAACCCUGCCCUCCUCAACCUGCCUAAGUCCGUCCUGGCCAAGAAAGUGUCUGGCUUCAAGGUGUACUCCCUCGGAGAGGAAAACAGCACCAACAACUCUACGGGCCAGUCUCGGGCUGUGAUUGCAGCGGCAGCCCGGAGGCGGGACAACAGCCACAAUGAGUACUACUAUGAGGAGGCUGAGCAUGAGCGGAGGGUGCGCAAGCGCAGGGCCAGGCUUGUGGUGGCAGUGGAGGAGGCCUUCACUCAUAUUAAGCGGCUGCAGGAAGAGGAGCAGAAGAACCCCAGGGAGGUGAUGGACCCCCGGGAGGCAGCCCAGGCCAUCUUCGCAUCCAUGGCCCGUGCCAUGCAGAAGUACCUUCGGACCACCAAGCAGCAGCCUUACCACACCAUGGAGAGCAUCCUGCAGCACCUUGAGUUCUGCAUCACGCAUGACAUGACGCCUAAGGCCUUCCUGGAGCGGUACCUGGCAGCUGGACCCACCAUCCAGUAUCACAAAGAGCGCUGGCUGGCCAAACAGUGGACACUGGUAAGCGAGGAGCCAGUGACCAAUGGGCUCAAGGAUGGCAUCGUCUUCCUCUUAAAGCGCCAGGACUUCAGCCUAGUGGUCAGCACCAAGAAGGUCCCUUUCUUCAAACUCUCCGAGGAAUUUGUGGAUCCCAAGUCGCACAAGUUUGUUAUGAGGCUGCAGUCUGAGACUUCCGUGUGACUCUGCAACAGGAGUGGAAGUGGGAGACUCUGGGGGGCUCCUGAGAGUGGCAGAGGGGCUCGUUCUCAGGCCUGGCCACAUUCCUGCCCCCUUUCUUCCUCUUGCUCUUGUUUUUUUACUUGAAUUAACUUACCCCCACCCUCUUCCUUGCUUUACCCCAUGUGAACCCUGAGAGACCAUCCUGCUGCCAACAGUACCUGGGAAGUCCCCGCUUUUUCUUCCCCUGCCCGUCACUUUUGUAUCCUUCUAGGCCCUGCAGGAAUCAGUGCCUCUCUCUCCUUCCCUACUUUGCCUGGAUGACCAUCUCUUCUGAAAGGGCAGGGCCCUGCCAAUUGUACCUUCUCCUGCCUGAGACCCCACUCAAAACCCAGGUUCUUACAGAGAUUCUUUCCAGUAGCCCCAGCAAGUGUUUCUCUGGGGGGCAAGGACAGGAGAAAUGUGGUGCCAAACUCCUCCAGGGCAGCA